GAUCACGAGCGUCGAAUGAUCGUAGAUUGGCUUACAUCGACCGACUACGCUACUCAACAGAGUGACUUCAUUGCCAGACGGCAGCAAGGAACAGGGCUAUGGCUGCUAAAUUCUGCGGAAUUUCGGCUGUGGGUUAAGCAUGCCAAGAAGACGCUCUUCUGCCCAGGGAUUCCGGGAUCCGGUAAGACGAUGAUCACCUCUAUUGUUGUCGAGCAUCUUUGGACAGAAUUUCGAAACGAUCCCAGUGUCAGCAUUGCCUACCUCUAUUGCAAUUUCCGGAGCCAACAGGAGCAAAAGCCUAUUGACUUACUCUCCAGUCUCUUGAAGCAGUUGGUUCAGGAACGGCCUUUUACGUCUGAGAAUAUCAAAAGUCUUUACGAAUGCCACAGGGAGAAACGAACCCGCCCCUCACUUGAAGAAAUCUCGAAAGCCUUGCACUCUGCCGUUAUGGACUACUCUAGAACUUUCAUCAUCGUCGACGCACUGGACGAAUGCCAAGCCUCUGAUGGAAGCCGCAGGAAGUUUCUCUCAGAGAUUUUUAAUCUCCAAGCUGAGACUGGGGUAAAUUUUUUCGCCACUUCACGGUUCAUACCUGGAAUUGAGAAAGAGUUUGAAGGAGCUGCAUCACAAGAGAUACGUGCGAGCGGUGAAGAUCUUGAGAUAUAUUUGGACGCCCAUAUAUCUCGCUUAUCAUCAUGUGUCUUCCGCAGCCGUAUGUUACCGGACACCAUUAAAGCUGAGAUUAUUAAGGCAGCUGACGGGAUGUUCCUCCUAGCGCAGCUCCAUCUAGAUUCAUUGAUUGAUAAAACGACGCCGAAAGCCAUCAGAAUUGCACUGCAAAAUCUUCCAAAGGGAUCGGGUGCAUUAGAUUGUGCCUACCAGGAAGCUAUGGAGAGAGUGGAAAGCCAAAAACCAGGCUUCCAUAAGCUUGCCAAGCAGGUUCUGUCGUGGAUUACUUGCGCUAAGAGGCCCUUAACUACUUUGGAGGUUCAACACGCCCUUGCCGUGGAAAUCGGUGCUUCAGAGCUUGACGAGGAAAAUCUCCCAGAGAUCGAAGAGAUGGUUUCCGUGUGCGCUGGAUUGGUCACAGUAAAUGAAGAAAGCAACAUUAUCCGCUUGGUCCACUACACGACACAGGAAUACUUCGAGCGGAAACAGAAAAUUUGGUUUCCAACUGCCGAAGCUGAUAUCACAAGGAUAUGCGUUGCCUAUCUAGCGUUCGAUGCUUUCGAAGACGGAUUUUGCCAAACAAAUACACAAUUCAAGGCGCGAUUAGCGUCGAAUCCGCUUUACGACUACGCUUCACGAUACUGGGGUCAUCACGCUCAGGCUGCUUCGAUAGAAGUAGAAGAGUUGGUUUUGAACUUUCUUCAAAGUGACGCUAAGGUGUGCGCCUGUAGCCAGGCACUGAUGGCUUCAAAAUACUACGGAAAUAAUAGCCAAGGAGCACCAAACCGAAUGACAGGAGUUCAUCUCACAGCACUACUCGGACUAAUGGGCACAACGGUGGUGUUACUCAGCAACGGAAAUAGCCCAAGUGUUGAAGAUGCUCAUAGGCGGACACCAUUAUCGUAUGCUGCAGAAUAUGGGAACGAGGCAGUCGUCAAGCUGUUGCUUGGGGUGUCUGAUGUCGACCCAGACUCUAAGUGUAAAAGUGAACGAACGCCGCUGUCAUGGGCUGCAGAAAAGGGGCACGAGGCAGUCGUCAAGCUCCUGCUUGUGAGGGACGGUGUCAACCCAGACUCCGAGGAUAUAAUGGGGCGGACGCCGUUAUCGUGGGCGGCAGAGAGCGG